GAAGAAGAAGAAGAAGAAGAAGAAGAAGAAGAAGAAUGCAUGCUGACGCCGUGACAGCCGUUUUCAUUGCCCCUUACACGCAGCUUGUCUUCGGAGUCGAAAUCGCCAUCAGGGCCCUCCGAAAGAAACCAUUCGCGCCCAGGGGAAAGUACAACGUGUCGAUCUGCCUCUCCACAGUCGGCAUGCUCCUUCUCGCCAACUUUCUGAUUGCCGACUUCGACCGCUCUCCCAAUUUUUGCCUAAGCUCGCUCUUCUGGUUUGUCGCGCAUUAUUCGGUCCUCUGCUUCGGCCUCCUGGUCGCCAUCACAAGCAUUGUUCUGGGCUCGGCCCUGACACUGUUCGUUCGGCUGUACCGCAGCAUCAAGAUUGAGGUCACCGCCAGGGUUGCUGCCUCCCGAAUGGUGUACUACCUCGCGCUCGCAGCCAUUUCAGACUCGUUCAUGAUCCCCUUCUUUUUCGUUCAGGGGUUCAGAAAUGACCGAAGACAAUUCGGGAAUGCCCUGGACCUGGCCAUGAUCGCUUCGGUCGUGGCCAAUGUCUCGGGGCUCAUGACUGGCGGCCUGUACUUGUUCCUCAAGUCUAGCACCAUGUCGACCAUUGGCCCCAGGGACAAGGUCGGGGAGUAUGAGAACACGAGAGCGAGGUACAAGAUCACACGCCAAUACUCAAACGAUUCUGACAACAGCGACGACGAUAACUACGACCGACAUAUAAUGAACCCGGUGACCGGCCCGCGGAGCUUGCGCCGGGUAACUAGCGAGGAGAUCCUGAUGGGCACCGAGAAAGAAGAGGAGGUACUUGACAGCAGGGCUCCAUUGCAGAGCCGCGGACAAAGCCGAGACUCGGUCCGCUCCAACAAACUGGUUUCGGCCGUGGCAUCAGUCCUGCUGCCCAAGGCGCCGGAACCCGCACGCAUUUCCUCAACUUCUGCGGGAACCCACGCUCGCAAACGCCCCUAUUCAUUAUUUCCGCGGGGCGCCGUCGCCUCCAAGGCGUCAAUGCUUCUGCCAGCAACGACAUACUCGCCUGCCGACUCUCUUAAGCCACCUCCGUCGAUGGCCAACCUGGCCGACAUACGGCACAGGAGGGACUCAUCGCUGGUGUCGUCCGCCACGGUCCAGAUUGGACUGCGUCUUUCUUCCGUCGACGACAUGCCUCCGCUAGCCCAAACCAAGCCUGCGGCCGACGACAGCGUGGUUCACACCCUCGAUUGCCCCAACGUACCAAACAACCCAAGCAUGAGGAGCCCCAAACGCGCUGGAACCAUCGCUGUUCGGUCUGCUACCCGUCCUGCUCCUACCGUCUCUACUGCCCCUACCCAGCCUGCUGAGAAGACAGACAACAAUGGGCAACGAGAACCGGUCCAGGAUGCAAGGAUGGGAAGACUGCCGGCCUUCCCGAAAACCGACAGCCAAGUUCCCAGCAUCGAGGCUGCGAAAGAAAAGGGAGAGUUUACUCUGAGUCCCAAGAUCUACAGUCCUAGCUCCCCAAACAAGGCUAAGCUACAAAGCCCUCAGGACGUCGGAUUUGGCGUGCCUCCAGGCUCAAAGCUCCCCGGCGGCAGGAGCAGAAGCAACAGCAACUCCCCCCCUCGGAGUCCGCCACGACGCCGGGACACGGGGAACACCACUUCACCACUGCCGACCGUCGCCAAGAGUGACUGGAUAUAGCCUUGGCCGGCGAUGGGCGACAACAAACAGUGCCGGCACUUGUCUUCGCGCAAGAGUGCUUCGAUUAUUUCCUUGUGUUUUAAGAAGAGGGAAAGAGUCUGAGGACUCACCAGAUUAGAGAGCGCCGCUUGGUACGGCCCCAUGCGCGAUGCAUAAUAUAUAUACCCCAACAA